AGAGAGCGAGAGAGAGGGAGAGAGAGAGGGAGGAGAAGGGAUACGAGGAGAAGAUAAAUUUGCAUUCUAUCGUUGCCUCUGGUCAAAGACAGUCGCAGCUACAGAGUGCACUCCAGGAGAAGCAGCAUCGUCGGCCUGAGGACGUUACAAAUAAAUCAGAAGCUGAGGCGACGGCAGAGGCAGAAGCAGGGAGGCAUCACCUGGGCUCAGCGAAGACCGUCUGUGAGCAGCCAUGCGACCGCGGUCCAGACUGCCGUCCAAGCGACGGCUGGCGCUGCCCACGAUAACGGAGGGCACGGAGGAGACGCUGAGGGACCUGAACGAGGCCAACGCGCUCCACGUUACCGGCCGCGGCGCGCCCGUCUCCUCGGAGGACUACCUCCUCUCCAUCUGCCACUUGGCCCACCCCACCUUCCCCACCAGAGACGUGUCCCCUGACGGCAUCCCCGCGCGCCAGCCGGAAGCUGCGCACCAGCGGCCGCGGCUGUCGCGGCUCGGCGCGUCCACGCCGGCCGCCUUCGCGUUCCGCCCCACGGAGGAGGCGCGCGCCGCCGAGACACGGGAGCGGGGCGGCGGCACCUCCGACCCGCUGGAGUAUCUUUACGGACACCAGAGCGACCUCUCGGGGGGCGUGGGGUUCGCGAGGCGCCGCGGGGGCGCGUGGGACGGCCGGCCGCGCUCCAGAGCGCACAGCAUCCCCUGUCCCUCGAGCCCAACGCCGUGCCAGCGCACGGGCAGCGGCCGCGACAUUCACACCAGCGCCACCUCGCCGACGGACGGGUCCGAGGGCGGGGGAGCGGAGGGGAAGAGACAGAAUGUAGUGCUCAAACCGUCCCUCAUCUCCCAGUGGAUCUCCGAGUGCAGGUCAGCGUGGAGGGAGGCGCGCGUGCGAGCCUGCAUGCUGCCGGCUAUCGCUGAGAUAUAGGAUGCAAUAAGGACAGACACUAUAAGAUAUACAGCUAAUCCUUUAUUAUCCUAUGGUUUAGAAAGGAGGGGAGUGAUUCAACAGUACAGUCUGCUCAAUAUUGUCAUAAUUGUCCAUCUGUGUACAGUGACAUUAUUUACUACUACUCUCCUUUGCUCGUCGUAUGCUGGUGAUCAUACAAAUGUUUUUCUAUCUUCCCGUGUUUAGUGAUCUGACUAUGAAUCAAUAAACAGUCUUUUGAUACUC